AUGCUUCUAAAGACACUUGCUGCUCUGGUGAUAUUUCUCAAAGCAACUAUAUCAAUAACAAGUCCACUAAAGGAUACUCAGGUGACCUGUCUGUUUCACGAAGACUGCAUCUUGCCCUGCAGUUUCAUACCCACUGGUGGGGUAGUGAUCCAUUGGUACAAACAGCAGAUCCCAGUGCACAGUUACUACUAUAACAAAGAUCAGUUUGGCCUACAGAACAAGCAUUUUAGUGGACGCACUUUCCUAUUUAACCUUCAGAUUGCACAAGGAAAUGCAUCUUUAAUGUUACACAAAGUAAAGGUGCAGGAUAGAGGCCGGUAUAAAUGCUAUACCAGCACCAGGAAAGGCAACCAGGAAACAUUUGUAAACCUAGGUGUAAAAGCUCUGAUCCAGGUGGUAAAUAUAGAUAUCAUUGAAGAGAAGGUAAUUUGUCUGGCACAGAACAUCUACCCUGCACCUCAACUUUUCUGGUUCACUGAACCUCACACAAACCUGGGAAGUCUCCAUAACAACACUCACAACACAGCUGACUCAAAAGGCCUGUUCACCAUUAAAAGCACAAUUUGUGUUCUGGGUAACAUUUCCCAGCAUGCCUAUUUCUGUUCAGUGGUCUCUGGGGAUAGGAGUCAGAUUUGGACGGCAUCAGUGAAACACCAAGAUAAGUUAUUUGCUGAGGAGGGCAACCCAUUGGUUAUCCCUUGUAUGUUACCACAACCACGCCACAGCUUCACUUUGACCUGGACCUUUAUAAGAACCACUGAUUCCAUUAUAAUUUUCACUUAUGAUAGUCAGACCCUGAGGAUCAAUAACCCUUGGGAAAAGAGGGCUAAAAUCAAUAUACAGCAGACACACAUGGGAAAUGGUUCUCUUACAAUAUUUAAUCCUGAAAGCUCUGUCCACACCGGAAUCUACACCUGCACACUGUCAAGCUUCCAGAUGAAGCAUCAAGUCCACACUUGGGUCAAUAUUACAGUCCAGAUGACAGGUCAGCAGGAAAAACAUGUACAUGCUGGGGUUAAAAGACAGCUCACCAAGAGAACUUACAGCAACAGUGACUAA